UAAAAAAUAAAAAGAUUUGUAAUUAAAAAAAUGACAGAAAAAAAAGAAAUUGUAAAUCAAGGAAAUUUAUAUGAAAGGUUAAAUACAUUUUUAUGGAAGGACAUAAAAAUGGAAGCGUCUGUAUCUGGUUCGCAUUUGAUAUCAAACAACAAAUUAUAUAUAAUUAGAUACAUCUUUCUUUUGUAUUCUAUUUCUGUCUUUUUAAUAGGAUUAACAGAGUAUAAAUAUGCAUUCUUCGAAAACCUGCUCUACUUAACAAACUGGGGACUUUUUAUUAACAUUUCUUACUUUUAUUUAGCUACACGUAUAAUGAAAGAUAAAGAAUUUGAGUAAAAAUAUUGGAAAGUUGCUCACAUUCUAUUUGAAAUAGGCUUUUCAAUAUAAUUAGUUAUUUUUGGAUUAUAUUGGACCGCUAUCUACGCUACAGUAAAAAGAACAAGAGAUUUUGCAUUCUUUUACUAAACUAUUUCGGAGCACGGAGGUAUGUAUGCUGUUCUUAUUUUUGAUAAGAUAUUUAACAAUAUUAAGUUCUACAAAAGACACUAAAUUUAUUUAUUUGCUUUUAUGUUUAUUUAUUUAUCUUACAAUGUUUCUAUUACUCUGCUUUGGGAACCUAUUUACCCUAUUUUGUGCUGGAAAAAACCUCUAUCAUUUUAUCUCGCUUUAGGAGCUAUAUCGGCAACAAUUCUUCAUUUUACUCUUGGUAAGCUUUACUAUGACUACAUUAAGCACAAAAAAAUCGAAGCUUCUACCAAAUAACAAACAUAGACCAUAUAAAAUAUUAAAAAAAGCUGA